AGUGUAGUGUAUAGUGUAGUGUAUAGUGUAGUGUAUAGUGCUGCUGCGAGUUUGACGACAACGUGACGAUGUUUUCAUGCUCCUCUCGCUGACGAGAUCAGCGGCGAGGACCCCCGCGGUCCACUCCGUGGCUUCGUUUACGACGGCGUUGACAACUCAUCCCUCGUGCAGGUCACGUUGGCGCUGCUGUUCGUCACCGCCAUAGCAGCGCUGGGCAUCACCCUCUCGGAGGACUUCGGGCCCAUGUGCGAGCGACAGCCGUGCGACAUUUCCGCCCCGAUGCUCUACGUGAACCCGUGCCUUUACAUGCUCACCUGGCUGCUGCUGCUGGUGCUGGGCGAGGCGGAGCGGCGCUGUGGAGGGGGCUCAUCGGGAGGGGCCCUCCACUUCAUCUUCUGGCUGCUGCUCGUCCUGUGUGGGGUGAUGCCCUUCCAGACGCUGCUGCGCCAGAUCCUGGCUGGGGCCGCGAGUGGCGGGGAGCGCCACUCGAUCUUCUUCAUCUCCUUCAGCCUCCAAGUCCACGCCCUCGUCUUGUCGGCCUUCACCGACUCGGCCAGCGUGCCCAAGGAGACCAAGCCCUGCCAAUUUAAACCGAACCCCACGGAGCGAGCGUCCUUCCUGAACCUCAUCACCUUCACCUGGUUUGACAAGAUGGUCUACCGGGGCUACCGGCGCCCGCUGGAGAUGAACGACCUGUCCGAGCUGGACUCGGAGGACGAGGCGAGCCGCGUCAUCGGCCAGCUGGGCCGGAGCUGGCGGCGCGAGGAGCGGCGCUCAGCCUCCGCCGCGGGGGUCACCGCCGCCGCGGGGGUCACCGCCGCCGCGGGGGUCACCGCCGCC